AUGCCACAAAGACUUUACAACUGUGAGACACUGGUAUGCUUAAAGCUCUUUCAAGUGACCUUGUCUGAUGCUGAGAUUGUUUCCUUACCUUGUCUGGAGACAAUGUACUUAGAAUAUGUCGAGUUUCCCAAUGAGGCAACUUUUGAGACGCUUGUCUUAUGCUCCCCCGUGCUGGAAUGUUUAAAGAUUAUCGUGGCUAGUGAUGAUAAAAAAGUCUUUCGGUUGCACUCUCGGUCAUUGGAGAGGCUCAGUUUCGAACGAGUUUCUUCUUUAAUAUGUGAUUCAGCAGGAGUUGUUAUUGAUUGUCCUCGACUGUACGUUUUAAACAUCAAGGAUAACGUAUCAAAAAGCGUCAUGAUACGCAAUUUGGGGUGCAACGCCAUCUUACAAAUGUCUCUCGUCGGUAUGGUCCGUCUUUUAGAAAUUGAUGAUGAUUUUUGCGACGAGAUUUAUGAAGAAGGCGUUUUAUUGGGGAGAAGUAACAUCCACACGUUUCUCCAUGGGAUCUCGAUGGCCAGGAGUAUUAUAAUGAGUAGAGGCACCUUCAAGAUCAUGUGUCAAUACUCGAAACUCGAACCGCUGCCUCAGUUUGGUAACAUGUGCUACCUGGAUGUCACUCUUUGUCUACACGAUUUUCAAUGGUUACCAGCCUUUCUUGAGAGCUUCCCAAACUUGAAGCAGCUCGUCUUGGUGAUGGUAUGCGAUGACAGAGAGGGUUUUCCUGAUGAGGACAUUGAUCAAGUGAGUUUCUCAUCUGUUCCUGAGUGUUUGCUAUCGUCUCUCGAGUUUGUUGAUUUUCAAGCCACAGUCCAGUAUGAUGUUGAAAUUAAGCUGGUGAAGUACUUGGUCAAGACUUCAGCUGUCCUCAAGAAACUCAGUUUACGUUUGGCUUCUUAUUCAAGAAGAGAUAAAAUGCUGAAGAAACUCCUCAAGACCCCAAGAGCCUCUACCAAAUGUAAAGUCGUCAUCCUCUGA